AUGGCAGGACAAAGACAACCCACAGAUUUGGUCGUCAUGAAAGGCAAAAAACACCUCACAAAAGCAGAAAUUGAGGCGAGAAAAAAUGCAGAGGUCACAGCACCGAAUGACAAGGUCAGACCACCCGCAUAUUUGUCAUCAGACAACAAAAAGAAGUUCAGAAAAUUGGCGAAAGAACUCCUUGAGAUCAAAUUGAUUGCGAAUGUGGAUUGUGAUGCGUUGGCGAGAUUGUUGAUCGCUCAAGAACAAUUCAUUGAAGUAACAAAGCAGAUCGAGGAGACACCGUUGAUGAUUGAUGUUCCGGUGUAUGAGAUGCAAGAGAAUCCGGACACCGGAGAAAAAAUGCAAGUGCAGGUCGGUACAAGACAGGUGGUGAACGGUGAAAGAGAGCGUCUCAUGAUUAUUCAAGACCGCUGCAUGAAACAGUGCAGGCAGGGAGCGGGAGAUUUCGGAAUGACAGUGAGCAGUCGUUGCAGCAUGACAGACACACAGAGAAACACCGACCGAUGCACACAAUACGCUCUUGAUGUUGUUUCGGGUGUAAUUGUUGCCGGAGAACUUGUCAAACUGGCAUGUCAAAGGCAUCUUGACGACCUCGAAAAAGCAAAAGCAGCACCAUACAAAUACUAUUUCGAUGUCGAAAAGUCCGAGGAGAUCAUCAAUUUUGCGGAAGAAUUAACGAUCGCAGAGGGUGAAGAAAACGAGAAUGUGACAGCAUAUCCGUUCCAGUGUUUCAUUUUGGGGUCUCUGAAUGGGUGGAGAACGAAAGAAAAGUCAUAUAGACGAUUCAGAACAUCCUAUGUUCAGUUAGGCAGACAGAACGGAAAAUCGUUCCUCAAUGGUAUUCUUGCAGCAUAUUACGGAAAUUUUGACGGGUACAACUACGGAAAAAUAUAUUGUACUGCUACAAAGCAAGAUCAAGCGAACAUUGUCUUUGAUGAAAUAGUCAAAUUUAUAAAUUCAGACGACGAUUUGUCAGAGUGGUUCAGAGUGCAUGAGCAUAAUCACACGAUAGACUGCUUGAUGACACAUUCUGAAAUCAAAGCGUUGUCCGGUGACACAAAGUCACUCGACGGACAUCGUGCGUAUUUGGGAAUUGUUGACGAGUAUCACGCACACAAGACAAAUCAGAUGUACAAACUACUUGAGGGCGGUAUCAAGAAAUUAAAAUCCGCACUCAUUUCAGUUAUUACGACAGCGGGAUUCGAUUUGAAAUCACCCUGCUACAAGUUAUAUGAGUAUUGCUGCAACCUCUUGAGAGGAGUGUUCGAGAACGACAGUCAGUUCGUAUAUAUAGCACAACUCGACGACGAGGAUGACAUGUAUAAAAAAGAGAAUUGGUUGAAAGCGAACCCGAUUCUCGAAUUUGACGAGGAUGCACUGGAGAACCUCGUUCCAGUUGCGAACACUGCCCGUGACAUGGGCGGUGAGGAUUUGAGAGAUUUCUGCGUCAAGCAGUUAAAUAUGUGGAUGCAGUGGUCAAAUUCACUGUACAUCAAAGACAUCAAGAUGUGGAAACGGUGUGCGGUGUUGAAAUCGCUCAAAGAUUUCAGAGGUGCAAAAUGUUAUGUCGGAGUUGACUUGUCAUCCGGAGGAGACUUGACAUCAAUCGCAAUCAUCAUUCCUCGAACAGAGGACGGAGUGAAAAAGUAUUUUGUACAUACACAUUCAUUCAUACCUGCGAGCAGGGUUGACGAACACAUCAAGACGGACAAAGUACCGUAUGAUGUUUGGAUUGCGAAAGGACUUGUGACGGUAACUCAAACACUGGGAGGAAUCAAAACAGAUUAUAAAUACAUCAUCAAAUACCUUGAGGAUGUUAUCAAAGAAUUUGAUUUGAAACCUCAACUCAUUUGCUACGACCCGCACAAUGCAUCAGCGUUCCUGUCUGAUUUGGAGGCGAUCGGAUUCGAUUCGGUAUCAGUAACACAGACAGCGAAAGAGUUAAAUGAUGCAACAGUCGAUUUCAGACUGGAGAUUCUUGCGGGAAAUGUUGAGAUUGAGGGUGUUGAGGUAGGAACUGGAGACAAAAAGAAAGUAAUUCCGGUUGAUGAAUUGCUGACAUGGUCGAUUGCAAACGCAAAGACGAUCUCGAACAAUUACGGAGAAAUCAAGAUCGACAAGGAUAUAUCAACAGAUCGUAUCGACCCGAUUGAUGCGAUCAUAGACGCAUGGAAAGCAGCAAUGAAAGAGGAAUACAAGCCGGACAUCAACGAAUCCGUGAAUGAAUGGCUUGAAUUAUAUUACAAAAUGCAGAAAGGCGGUGAGGAGGAAAAAUGA